AUGGCGGCCAAAUCGGACGGCGUCCUGAAGAUGAAGAAGAGCGACGUGGCGUUCACGCCCCUGCAGAACUCGGACCACUCGGGCUCGGUGCCGGGGCUCGCGGCGGGCUCGCGGCCGGGCUCGGGCAGCGGCGAGGCGGACUUCACGCGCGGGGAGGCGCGCUGCUGCGGACCCGAGGACUCGACGUGCCUGCGGCUCGGGGGCGAGCGGCGGAAGUACGGCGCCUGGGACGGACUCUGGCUGGUGGCCGCGGCCGCCGUCUACUUCGCCGACGUCGCCACGGACGUGUGGCUCUCCGUCGACUACUACCUGCGCCGCGACUACUGGUGGUUCGGCCUGACGCUGUUCUUCGUCGCGCUCGGCUCCGUCUCCGUGCAGAUCUUCAGCUUCCGGUGGUUCGUGCACGACUUCAGCACCGCGGAGAGCGACACCGCCGCGGCCCCCGACAGCACCAGGACUAACGAGAAGCGCUCGGCGCCGUGCGCCUUCUGCCUCUGGUUCUUACAGUCCGUCAUUCACAUCCUGCAGCUCGGACAGAUAUGGAGGUAUUUCCGCACCAUCUACCUGGGCAUCCGGAGCAGGCGCAGCGGCGAGAACGACCGCUGGAGGUUCUACUGGAGGAUGGUGUACGAGUACGCUGACGUCAGCAUGCUCCACCUGCUCGCCACCUUCCUGGAGAGCGCGCCUCAGCUCGUCCUGCAGCUCUGCAUCAUCAUCCAGACUCACAAGCUCCUGGCCGUGCAAGGAAUGACCGCCGCUGCCUCUCUAGUGUCGUUGGCUUGGGCUCUUGCGUCCUACCAGAAGGCUUUACGGGAUUCCCGUGACGACAAGAAGCCCGUCAGCUACCUGGCCGUCAUCAUCCAGUUCUGCUGGCAUUUCUUCACCAUCGCGGCACGUGUCGUGACCUUCGCCCUGUUCGCCUCCGUGUUCCAGCUCUACUUUGGAAUUUUCAUAGUGCUGCACUGGUGCAUCAUGACCUUCUGGAUCGUUCACUGCGAGACCGAGUUCUGCGUCACCAAAUGGGAGGAGAUCGUCUUCGACAUGGUGGUGGGGAUCAUCUACAUUUUCAGCUGGUUCAACGUAAAGGAGGGCCGCACGCGCUGCCGCCUUUUCAUCUACUACCUGGUAAUCUUGCUGGAAAACGCAGCGCUCAGCGCACUCUGGUAUCUGUACCGUUCACCGGGGAGCACCGACGCCUUCGCCGUUCCUGCCCUGUGCGUCAUCUUUUCCAGCUUCUUCACAGGAAUCGUCUUCAUGCUCAUGUACUACGCUUUCUUCCAUCCUAACGGGCCACGAUUUGGACGCUCGGCCAGCCUGAGCCAGCUGGACGAUACCAACGUCACUACAGGCUUCGCCAUGCCAACGGAAGGGGCCACCAAUUCCCUUCGCUCGAACAGGGGUGGCACGUUGGCGAGGGACGCUGACCGCGACACUAAGUACACCGAGCGAGACGGCUGCGCUCCUGUUUUUCAAGUUCGUCCCACAGCUCCGUCCACGCCAUCCUCUCGAACACCGCGAGUGGAGGAAACCGUGAUCAGAAUAGACGUAUGCAGGAACCGAUACCCAGCCUGGGAAAGGCACGUGCUGGACCGCGGCAUACGCAGAGCCAUCUUGGCUAUUGCUAACUCGCCCACGCCACCUCGACUGCAGUACAAGGAUGACAUGCUCGUCCAGGAGCGGCUGGAGUACGAGACCACGUUGUAGCUCAACCACUUGGAAUCUUAUAGGAGGUCAGAAGACGGCAAAGACGUUUGGGGACGCCGGGAGAGGACACGGUACGACAAGCACAAGACUUGAGCACGGCAGAAAUAGUUGCUGUAACGGAAGAAAAAAGAUAAAUGCUACAAGUACGAAGUAUGCGUUGUUAGACUGGGACAAGCGUGAUUGUUGUUUUUCUUUAGACAUGUGAUGUAAUUUUAUUUCCGGAGUUUGAUGGAUUUGUGUGCGUGCUAGGCAUGUGUCAAAAAUUCCCAAUAUACCACCAGUUUUAAAGUCGUUAUUCCUUUUGAGGUAAAGAAUAUCCUGUGCUUAUGGCCAAUCUCAUGCUUUAUCAUUCAGUUCCCCAAAAUGAUGGUUUGAACAAAGGUUAAAUGUCAUUUUAGAUUGAAAUGCUGUCUCGUCUGAGGACUCACCAUGUCCGUUUUACUUUUUCAACCUUUGAAACUUUUAGAGUAAAUACACUGUAGGUUUCGUAAGUGAAGACACCACACCCUUAGUGAAGUGACAUCAAAGUUCUAUAUGGCAGUGAAGAACAACUUGGAGAACUCUAGAUAGCCAGGUCCAGAAGACCAAAGACCUGUGGAACAUUAGGAAGAAAUGGGACUGGUGGUGGUUGUGGUGGUGGUGGAAACUUCAUCAUUCAUGGAGAAACAGAAAUGGAAGGCGAAUGAGUUAAAAGGUGGAGCUUCAACCUCUAGAACCUUAUCAAUAUAACAGAUUGUUUAGUUUGUUCAGUUUGAAGGGACCUUCAGAGGUUCUAUAUACUCUACAGCAGAGAGUUUGUACCCCAGAACCCCAGGCAUAAAGAGAUAGUACUUCAUUUUGUUGCACAGAAGAUCCAAAAUGGAGAUGGUUUGAAUUUUGCCAUCAUAACAUUUUGGCAUCAGGCAGACACCCUUAUAGAGAGUGAAUUAUAUAGAGAGCUAUCUCAUUAUACAUCUGAGCAAUUGAGGUUGCUCAAGGCCAGUAGCUUGGUGGUGCUGGGUGCUGGGGUUAAGCAACAGUUUAACCACUGAGCCACCCUAACCACAUUCUAAUCUCAUUGUAAUUUAUUAUUUUAAAGAUGAGACGUGAUAAAACAUAUGACCUAGCUUGUGGAGAGCUAAUCGUCAGCCAUGAUCAAGCUCAGGUGUGUUUGGAGGUGAAACAUCCUGGAGUUGACAAACCCAUGUAUGCAUGUAAGUCUCUUCGCUUUGGAACUCUUUGUGGUUGGAUCUGAAACUGAAACUUCUUCAACAUUGUUUCUUCCUCGUCACCUCCCUCUCACCCACCGCAGCUAAAACUAUUAAAUCUAUCGUUUAAACAAGAACACCAUUUAUUUUGG